GCACCAGACCCACCUUAUUUCACCUGUAGCGUCAUUGAAUAUACAUGCAAGAAUAUGUCCAUUACUAGAAUAGGCAUAGAGCAAAGAAAACACCCUGAAAUCAGGCGUAGAUAGAUAAACAGUUCUUCAGAAAGGUCUACACUGCAAGGACUUGAACCUUGAGCUAAGGGGCAACUCAGCUGUGCCAACCACCAGCAUAAGGUGCCCAAGGCAACUGUUUAUCAAUGCACAGCCCAACGGUACCAUCAUGGAAAAACAAGCAGACAUGCAAUGGUACUUGCAUUUCAAUUUAAAAAGUACAUCAUAAAAGUCUAAAUUUUACAACGACUACUUUGAGUUACAGUUGUGAGGUAAAACACUCGUCAGUUUUAAGCCCAAUCCCAUUUCUACCCCUUACCCCUACACUUUGUCUCGAUUCUCUUUUGGUUGGAGGGGUAGGGGCCCUAUACCGUUAGCCCUUGAAACAAAGAUUUUUCGGGACCGCACUUCAAACGAGGGGUAUGAAAAUUCCCAACAUGGCUGCUCAUGCGAGUAUAAUGUAAGCCUUUAUUUUUGCUUUAAUAAGGAUUUAAACAACAAACAAUCAUAUUGUUUAUAUUAAAUGUAAUGUUGCGUAUACACAGUCAUAUAUAUGCACUUUAUGAUGAAAUGUUCUAGCACUGUCACAUACCCUACAAGGGAAAAGCUUACACACACACACGUCUUAACAGUCUCCGAACUAUUGUGAAACAUUUAAAUAGUAUUCAAACAUGUUUUUUUAAGCUCUACACACUGAGCAUUUUCUCAACCUACUGUACGAGGUGCAUGCAAUGUAUGCUGAACUGCUGCUGCUGUUCUUGCAUUUGGAACAACUCAUCCAUUGAAAACUAAGAUAAUUAUUAGUACUGUGACAAAAUUGAAAGAUAUGCACAUUUACAUAUUUACAAAAAAUGUAAGUGUUAAGGCCUGGAUCAAAAGCUUUACAAGACCAUGAGAAACAAAUGUAGGCAAAAGAAGUGUCUAGAGUUUUGUAUCAGUGUAUAAACAAUUUUGUGUUAAAUUAGUUCUCUUUGAGGUCCAAGCUCAUGCUUCAUGUACUGGUGGCAAGCUGGUCCUUAAAGGCAGUUUCUUGAAAUGUUCUUUGUAUUAUGUAAUAUCUGUAAAUCCUAAUGAAUUGUGUAGAUGGUUACACAUAUUUAUUAAUGUGUACACAAUUUAUAAGUACAAUAAUACACGCACUACACAUAUUCAGUUUGCACACUAAUAUAUGUUACAUUGUGAAUUACUUUAUAUUAACUUGCACACAGCUGAAAUAUGAUAAUACCUUCAUAAGUCAUAUAAAUGAGACCCUUUAAAACGUUCAUCCAAUAUACUUAUUUGUAGUAUUUUUUAAUGCUGAAAAACAUAACUAAUAAUUUGUAGGACAAGUAAGGGUUUUGAACACAUUUCUAUAGCAAGUCAAUGCACAAUGCUUUAAAACCCACACAAAGAGAUCAAACUAAAAAAAGAAACGUGUCACACAUAUUUUUGUUUAAGGAGUGACACUGGUUAGUCUGUUUCCGUCACGUGGUCAAAAACCCGUGACGUCCGACGUCCUCCCCAGCAAAGACGUCAAAGACGCCAUUAUCGUUGCUUUCUAUAGACCUUUUCAAGAAGACCCGAUAUAAAGCGAUUUAUUUUCAGAAUAGUAGCGCUACAAAUGCAACAUAGAGCAUUUACAUCUAGAACACGACUAAAAUUGGCGAUUCUUACUAGAAUAGCAGAGAACGUACAGCAGAGGACUCGCUGCGAAAUCUCACGGGCUCCGAAUCCAGAAUGCGAUAUAAUUACGUUGGGUACAAAAUGGCGCAUGUUCUUUUCACUUCGACAUGCGCAGACUGAUCAGAGGCUUUCGCUCUCCGUAAAGAUGCCGACAUCCCAUACAAGAUUACAUCCAAUGAGCUUAGCAGACUGAACGCUUCUGAGUCUAUUUAACCUAUCGUAACUGCGGGACGGCACAGAAUGGGUUACGUUCCGCCAAUUGGAGAGCAGGAUAGGUUUGUUUCAUUUGCAAAGAGUGGGAAUCGAAGAAAACCAAUGAACAGCCGUCAUUUGCAGCGCCGCUUUCGUACGCACCUAUCAUCUUUCGAACAUUAGUGCGGCCUAUAGUAAACCGCUCAUUUGGCGGCCAAUCACAAAACUGGGAAUUUGCCCACAGUUGCCUCAGCAGCCAAUAGGGAUCCGAGAAACACUGCCUCAGCUCAACAGCUUGUUAUUUCGUUUAUGCCCCUUUGCAACCUAGUCGAAUGCUGAGCUGAAGCAGUCAUAUAGGAGCAUCAGUCGAAACCAAUCGAGCUGGACUCCCUCAAAUAGCCAUCAAGAUGAAGGUAGCAGAUGAACCUGCCUACCUGACCGUGGGGACGGAUGUGAGCGCGAAGUACCGCGGUGCCUUCUGCGAGGCAAAAAUCAAGACUGUUAAACGCAUGGUGAAGGUUAAGGUUGUGCUUAAAGGAGACAGCACGUCGCAAGUUGUCCAAGAUGACCAAGUGAAAGGUCCUUUAAGGGUUGGUUCAACAGUGGAGGUGAGGAGCCCCGAGGGCGGACUUACUGAAGCUGUCAUCAACAAACUCACAGAUGCCAGCUGGUACACUGUGGUAUUUGAUGAUGGAGAUGAGAAGACGCUUAGAAGAACGUCGUUGUGUCUCAAAGGCGAGAGGCAUUUUGCAGAGAGCGAGACUUUGGACCAACUGCCCCUGACUAACCCAGAGCACUUUGGCACUCCUGUCAUUGGAAAGAAGACAAACCGAGGUAGAAGGUCUUCACAGGCAGUUGCAGAGGAUGAAAAGGAGUCUUCAUCGAGUGAAGAUGAUGAUGAUGACAGGAGGAGGCUCAAUGAUGAUCUGUUGGGGAAAGUUGCCUGUAUUGAAAGUGGUUCGGAUAGUAAUUCAUGGUUCUAUGCCCUGGUAAUAUCUCCAAGCUGCAAUGAUGACAUAACUAUCAAAAAGGACCAAUGUUUAGUGAGAUCUUUUGCCGACUCCAAAUUUCACACAGUGGCACGCAAAGAAGUUCAGGAGUUGAACAUCAACACCAUCCCCAACCCUGAAUACUCGAACAGGAAAGGAUUUGAAGCAGCACAACAUUUUCUACAGUCCAAACAGAUCCCUGACAGCUGGAAAAUGGACCUAAGUGAGAUUUUGGAGUCUUCAAGCAGUGAUGAAGAAAAUGAAGCAGAUGAGGGUGAUGGCAAAGAGAGUGAGGAAGAGUUGAAGGAGCCACUGCAAGAAGAGCCUGAUGAUGAACCUGAUCCAGAGGAGAGGGACCAUUUUCUACAGCAGCUCUACAAAUUUAUGGAGGACAGAGGGACUCCAAUUAACAAACCUCCAGUGCUGGGCUAUAAAGAUCUUAACCUCUUUAAGCUCUUCCGGCUGGUCUAUCUACAUGGCGGCUGUGACAAUAUUGAGAGCGGAUCCAUUUGGAAGCAGAUCUACAUGGAUCUUGGCAUCCCGGUCCUGAACUCUGCAGCCUCAUACAAUGUGAAAACAGCUUACAGAAAGUACCUGUACGGUUUUGAGGAGUACUGCCGCUCGGCACAGAUCCAGUUCAGGACGGUGCACCACAACGAGCCUCGACCGGAAAGCUUGCCAGGGGUGAAGAGCGAAAGGCCCGUGAUAAACGAGAGCGAGGCGACUGAGGAAGUGAGAGAGCAGGUUAAAGCAGAGCCUGCGACCAGCGGGGAUGGAGAUGAGUCCGACGCAGAGAGCGAAAAGGGACACAAAGAUAGCUGCUCGCCCAGGGGUCGGAGGCGGAGCGCCGUGCCUCCGGUUAAAGGGGAGGGUAGGGAUUCUCUGAAUGAGGAGCAAGUGAUUGAGGAGUCACCAAGAGGAGGAGAAGCCAGUGGAGAGGAGCCAAAGGAGAAAGCCGAUGAAGAGAAUCCUGGGAAACGACGCAGCCGUCUCCUUGAGGACUCUGAUAGAGACUCUGAUGAUGAGGAGAUGGAGGAUGACGAAUAUGAAGAGGACGAUGAAGAGAGAUUCCAAUUCAGGGACAGAGAUGACAGGGAAUGUGAUGGCUGUGAAGACCCUGAGCACUCUUUGGCUGGCACAAAAGUCAAAGUGAAAUACGGCAAGGGAAAGACACAGAAGAUCUAUGAGGCCAACAUCAAAAAUACUGAGACCGAUAAUGGCGAUGUUCUCUACUUGGUGCAUUACUACGGCUGGAACGUGAGAUAUGAUGAAUGGGUUAAAGCCGAUAGAAUAAUAUGGCCUGUCGAAAAGGGUGGAACAAAGAGAAAACAAAAGAAAAAGAAUAAAGAGGACGAAGAGAAAGAGGAAGAUAAACAGGUCAAAGUAGCACCAAGACGUGGUCGUCCUCCACUCAAAUCCACCCCUCCAAGCACAUCCCGCAGCGUGUCCAAGACCCCCAGCAAUGAGGGUCGAUCCAGCAGCAAGAACUCGCGGCCCACAGAUGCAUCUGUCCUGCCGAAUGGAGAAGGUACCCCUCGUCGACGCACAAGGAGAACUUCUGGCAUGUAUGAUUCUGACAGAGGGUCUAAUGAUUCAGGAAACUCUUCAGAUGAUAGCGAAUGCGAGGACUCUCCUGAGCCGAAGCCAGAUUGGACUGAGAAAACUGAUGCACCCCCAACAGAAAAACAAGAGGAGGUGAAAGAGGAGCCUCCGGAGGAAGAAAGCAGAAUUCCAGAAUCCACGCAGUCUGAGCCAGAAUGUCCCAACAGUCCUGCAGAGAUGCCCAAUUUCCAGAAGAGUGACAAACCUGAAGAAGAGACACCCCUGUUAAUAGAGUCUGAUGACGGGUCUCUGAAAUCAAGAGCGAACAGGCCUCCGCUGAGAGACCCAGGGUCAGAGACUCCUACCCAAACACCUGCCAUUGCUAAUCAUUUAGUGACGGAGGAACCUUGCACUCCUCCACGUCCUGCUAAGAAAUCCCAGGAAACGCCCGAUAGCAGUCCUGCAGAGAGAAUAUGCGAGACACCCGGCUCGGACACAGACUCCGCCACGGAGGACGUCGGCCCUCCAGAACGAAGCAGCGCUUUGAAACGCAAAACCACUGAACAGCGGUCGCCGGAAAAGAAGCUUCGCCUGGACAGAAAAGAAGAACCCAAAAUGCUGUCUCCAGUAAAAACAUCACCACAGGAGCCUGAGAGGAGGCCUGAGCCAGCUGAGAAGCUCGAAGAUCAUUCUACCCCAAAACUAUCAUCACCCAGCAAAGAUCUGGAGGUGAAGUCUGAGAUGCCCGCUCUCACCAGAGAGGUGCACAUCAGGGUGGAACCUUUGUGUCUGGAGCUGCAGGAUUCCUUAACAGCCACAAAUGAAGAGAUGAUGCCUCAAAUAGGCCCAGAAGCGCUGGUUUGCCAUGAAGUGGACCUAGAUGACCCAGAGGAGAAGGACAGACCAUCUGGUGAAGAGUUACUGAUGAUGAUGAAGGAAGAGAAAACUCUGCUUCAGCCAAUGGAGACUUCCGACCACUUUCCUCAUGCCCUGGCUCAGGUGGGACCUCCCCGGUUAUUUUCCCCGUCAUCUACCCCCAGCCCCGACGAGUCCCACAGCACUAAAAGCGAAAGCGAUGCCACGAUCGAGGUGGACAGUGUGGCGGAGUCACAGGAAGGUCUUGGAGAGAAUGAAUCCACUCAUAGCUUUGACGCUAGCGCCAGUUCCAGUAACUCCAGCAUCUCAGUACAGGAACGAGAUGGAAAGGACAGAGGUCAGAAGAGAUUAUCCGACUGCACUACGGUCUCAUCGGCCAAGAAGCAAAAACGCAGCCAGAAACGUUCAAGCGGGGUCUGUAAAACAGAAAAGAAUGGAGCAGGUCACAGUAGCGACAGUGAGGACCUGUCUGCCAUGGACAGCUCAAAUAAGCUAACCCCAGUGAAGCACUCCAGCCUAACCAAGAGUCAGAAGCUUUCUCCAUCACCUGCUCUGGUUUCUCCCAACAGUAAAGACAUGGAGAAAGACAAGCACAAAGAGAAGCAGUCUGUCCCCUCCCCCCGCGCACAGAAGUGGUCCUGCCAGCUGACUGAGCUGGACAACAUGUCGAGCACGGAGCGAAUUUCAUUCCUGCAAGAGAAGCUGCAGGAAAUCAGGAAGUAUUACAUGUCUCUCAAGUCCGAGGUGGCGUCCAUAGACAGGAGGCGGAAAAGGUUAAAAAAGAAGGAAAGAGAAGUGUCCCACACCACGGCAUCCACAUCAUCGGGCUCGUCCGACACAGGCAUGAGUCCGUCUUCAGCCUCCCCCACUCAAAACACUGUGGCCGUGGAGUGCAGGUGAUGCCACGCCUGCUCCCCGUCCCGUCCCACCUCUGCCUUUUCAGCAUCCUGCUGCCUCCUCGGAGACGUGCAUACUGUUGAGCCAGAGCAAGCAGCCAAUAGCACUAGACUGCCCGCCUCCAUGUCUCCUCCGAUUCCUAUGGCCACCCUCACCUUCUGCACUUUGUAAACUGAUCCUGCCUCCACUCGCUCACUGUCGCUACAGCACCAGGGAACGGACUCUACGUGAGGGUUGAAUGUAAUCUAUGAAACAAAAGCUUACAAUUUAUCCAUCCAAAAAGAAUCCAAUGGCACUUUCCACUUCGUUCUCUACAAACCCUGAACAGAAUUCUGAAUUUGGAUGCAGUAGUCAAUCAUUUGUACGGUCCUCUAUCAGAACAUGGUAAGAACCUCAUGUAAGAUCCCUAGGUAAUGGUCACUUAACCAGCUGGACAUGGUUAUUCAAUGAAAGGUCAAUUGUAAUGUGCUUGCUGCAUCAGAACUGCCAAAGUACAUGUGUUACAGCAGAGUGCCCUAUUUUGGAAAAGUAGGACAAAGUCAAUUGCAAAAGGGAAUGUAGUUUACUGAAAACCACAGCCGGCGUCUUCCACUUAUCUUGGUGUGCGGGCGCAGAGAAUUAUGCAAAAAACUAUUUUUGUUGACUUUUUAAGAAAAUAAAAAUGAAAACAGAAAAAAACCUGAGCAAAUGUUUACAGUGGAAUACGAGACAAAUCUGUUUUCAGUGGACUAAUUUCCUUUGCAAAUUGUAUUUUGUCUUUUUAUAUGUAAUUGCAGAGUUUUUAUUUUAGUAUGGAAAAUUUCAAAAAGUAUAUAUCACAGCCGUGAAGUUAUUUAAUGAAAGAUUUCUAGAGCUGACAUUUUUGUGUAAAAUAAAGGUGUUAUCUUGCAACUUGUUAAAUAUAUUUAUUCAGUCCGUGGACAUAGUUUUUGUAAUUUUUACAAGAUGAGAUCACACAAUCCUCCCACGUUCGGUUCAGUUGGUGGGGUAGAAGGAAAAUGAGAAUUUUGUGAGGUCAUCUUGAUCGUUUGAAUGUGAUGCAGUAAACAGUGUCCUUUCCUGUUGGUUCAUUUCAUUUGGGCCCAAAUAACCCAAGGUAUUUCCAACACCUUUAACGGAACACCAGAAACUGGUGGCCUGCUUUUUGUCCCCUUGAUUUGCUGGUACUUUGUUUGUUAAUUUAAAGAUUUCUUCUUGUUUUCUUUUCGAGUUCUUGACCAAUUGAAUAAAUCAGUUGCUUAUUACACAAGUAUGUUAAGCCCAGGGGUUUCUUACUGUUCCUAUUGUAAAUAGAUCUUCCGAAACCAUGUAUUUGAAAAUACAUUUUACACAAACUGUAAAAAUGAUUUAUAUUAUUUUUUAAACAGUACAUCUUUGUAUAUUAAUUUUCCUUUUCUAUGUCAAGUUGGUAGAAGCAUUAGCACAUCUUUAGACUGUAUAUACUCAACCAUUUAGGAACCUAAACCAAGCUGUCUAGAGUGAUGAACCCAUGAUAUGUUGAACAUUUUAUGCUGUAGGCAUCGAUUAAUUCACCGAUGAGAUGAAAUUGUGAAAACUUGCUUCCCUGUGACUUCAGUUUAUUUACAGAUUCCUGGACUGAAUGGAAUGAAGGCAUUAGGUUCCUAAGCAAAGCUAUUGUAUCUUUAUGUAAAAUAAGAGUUCUCAUUUCUAAUAAAGUUUUGAAAUAUUCUGAUUCA